CUCCUGAGAUGCUGAAAAGGGACCUGUGCUUCCUGCCCAACCAGCUUCCUUUUUCCCACUAAAUCCAGACACAGACGACCAGCACCUGUGAUAGCUCCUUGCCCUUUGCCAUCCCGGCUACAGCCGUGGGCUGCUGUAAGUGUGGACCGUUGUGUAGAAGAGAAAGCAUCAUGGUGGCUUUCAAAGGGGUCUGGACUCAAGCUUUCUGGAAGGCAGUCACAGCGGAAUUUCUGGCCAUGCUUAUUUUUGUUCUCCUCAGCCUCGGAUCCACCAUCAACUGGGGUGGAACUGAAAAGCCCUUACCCGUUGACAUGGUCCUCAUCUCCCUUUGCUUUGGACUCAGCAUUGCAACUAUGGUGCAGUGCUUCGGCCACAUCAGUGGUGGCCACAUCAACCCUGCUGUGACGGUGGCCAUGGUGUGCACCAAGAAGAUUAGCAUCGCCAAGUCUGUCUUCUACAUUGCAGCUCAGUGCCUGGGCGCCAUCAUCGGAGCGGGGAUUCUCUACCUCGUCACACCUCCCAGUGUGGUGGGAGGCUUGGGGGUCACCACGGUCCAUGGAAAUCUUACUGCUGGCCAUGGUCUCCUGGUGGAGUUGAUAAUCACAUUUCAGUUGGUGUUUACUAUUUUUGCCAGCUGUGAUUCCAAACGCACUGAUGUCACGGGUUCAAUAGCUUUAGCAAUUGGAUUUUCUGUUGCAAUUGGACAUUUAUUUGCAAUCAAUUACACUGGUGCCAGCAUGAACCCCGCCCGAUCCUUUGGACCUGCAGUUAUCAUGGGCAAUUGGGAAAACCACUGGAUAUAUUGGGUUGGACCAAUAAUAGGAGCUGUCCUGGCCGGUGGACUUUAUGAGUAUGUCUUCUGUCCAGAUGUUGAACUCAAACGUCGUUUUAAAGAAGCCUUCAGCAAAGCAGCCCAGCAAACAAAAGGGAGCUACAUGGAGGUAGAGGACAACAGAAGUCAGGUAGAGACCGACGACUUGAUUCUAAAACCUGGGGUGGUGCACGUGAUUGACAUUGACCGAGGUGAGGAGAAGAAGGGGAAGGACCCAUCUGGAGAGGUGUUGUCUUCAGUAUGACUAGAAGAUAGCACUGAAAGCAGACAAGAAUCCUUAGAACUAUCCUCAGAUUUCCUUCCACCCAUUAAGGAAACAGAUUUGUUAUAAAUUAGACAUGUGCAGGUUUGAUGUUUCAUGUCCUAUUACUCAGUCUAGAUAAUAUUUCAUUAUUUACCAAGGAGGAAUGGAAGAAACCUAUCGUGAAUUCAAAAUCUAAACAAAAAAAACUUUUUAAAGUCUCCCCAAAGCAAAUAUGUAUCUAGUUAAUCUAGUUGCUACUCAUUAAUCAUCAAUUUAAAAUGUGUAUCAAAAUCUGGUUAAGUCUUGCCUGACAGAAAAUAUAGACAAACCUAUCAGCUUAUUCCUCCUCUACCAUGAAAUUGGUAACGCUAAUCCUCGUUUGAGUAUUUAUCAUAUUAAAUCAGGUUUAUCAAUGGCAGAGUACAGUAUGUCACAGAGUCGCGCACAUUCAAGAAAGGAAAUAUAACAAGCUCUUUUAUGGGUGAUCCCUUAUUUAUAAACUACCUCGGCAAAAGAUUAUUAAGGGUCAUUGCUAAUGAAUUAUUUCCACUUAUAUUUCAAAUACCCAACUUUUAACCUGAACUCUAAUUCAUAAUAUUCCUUCCUCCUUUUCAAUGCCCAAAGUAAUGAGGAACUAAAGCCCAGAAAUUUGCAGAAUGUCCAAAAAUCCUGUAUAUUUAUUAGCUCCACCUCAUCAGACAUCCAAAUCACAAGGGACACCUAUUGAGAUUCAAAACAAACAGGUUCAUAAGGCCUUAUGGGGGUGGGGCAAAAUUACCAUCAUACAAAAAUCCUAAAGAAAAAGGAAAUCUGAAUUCUGGUUUCAAAUAGUUGAUCUGUUUUCAGUGCACAUCCUCAAAUACACCACAGGAGGUUAACAAUCUAAGCUUUUAACCACUUUGCUUAUUUUUUAAAAUUUACUGGCAAACUGGGGAUUUUCUUUGUUUGUAACUUUGGCUAUCUACAUUUCGACACUAGCUGAGACAUAUUUUUGAUAACAAGAACAUAACUAGAUGAGUCCUGACUUUUCUGUUGAUCAUUAAGCUCUGCUCGUUCUUGAAGGUGUAAACUCGUCCUGCCCAGUCCCAAUUUCUGAUGCUGUCUCACUUCUCAUGAAAUUAGUUGAUUAUCUUCAUUGUGCAUGUGAUGAUAUUUUACUGAAUUAAAAUGAAUGAGAGACAAAGAACGACAUGGUUGCAAAAUAAAAGAAUAAGGACAUCAAAACAUUCUGUAUUCAAAGCUAACUAGAUGACCAAUCUUUCCUUUGUAGAAUAUUGUACAUAACCCAACACAUUUUUUAAAUAUUUUCAUUACUAACUCAUUUUAUUUGUCAAAAUAGUGUAUUCUUUCCUGCACUGUUUUGCCUUAUGUCAGUAGAAUGGUCUCUGGAAACCCCAGUUUCUAUCAUCUUAACUUACUAGUCUAGCUUUUGUCUUAGAUAAAAAGCUACAAAUGUUAAUUUCACUGAACAAAAGCUAGUAGUAAAGCAAAAACCUAUCACUGAAAAGAGUGACUUGUAAAUAGCUUAUACUCAAGGGCUUUCUUCCCUCAUGCAUAGUUCCAACUGUGCACCACUUUUUAGUAUCAAUGCACUUGUGUGUCUGUGGCAGUGAGAUAAUGGACCACUAUUAAACCUGAUUCUCUUCGGUGCUAGAAAAGUGAUGUCCGAGGUUCCCAGAGAGUCAUCAUACCAGUGUGGCUCCUGGGAGUGUCACUGGCAAGUUUUUACAGCAGGUAGUGAAAUCCCAGGCUCCUUUCUCAAAGGGUGUGGCCAACCACAGCGUCUGCCAGUGAUACGCCUUGCUUCCCGUUUGGGUCAGUAUCUGUAGGAACUAGGAUGCUAUUCUAAGGAUGGUUUAUGCCCAUCUUUUCAAACGUUUGCACAAUAUACCACUAAAGACUAAACACUGGCGGUGGUGCAGCUCAAAAGAUAAUGCCACCAUCAGCAAGUAUGUCAGUUCAAAAAUCAGUUAGGUUAAUAAGGAAAAGUUAAGCAGAUUUUCCAAUACGCUUACAACUUACUGGCUCAUAAUCAUGAUUAUUCAGCCAUAUGUUUUGCUUUAUAAAUCGCUUUUCCACUCACUCCCAGUUAGAGCAUUCAGUAUAAGUCAAUGCUAAAAGGAAGGGUGGAGGAAGGAAAAUGAUGUUUUCAUACUUUGUUUUCCAGCAGCUAACAGAGUGCAUGGCACAUAGUAGGUAUUCAAAACAACAGUUAGUUAAUAAAAAACACAUACAUUUCAUUUGGGAUUUAAGAAUAUGAAUAAUUUUCUUUUAGUCUUUAUUUUGCUCAAUGUUUAAUAAAAGUAUGAUUUCAAAGACUACUAAGGGAAGGCAAUAUCAACGUAAAAACCAUAAAAUAUAUUUUUGCAUUCUACUAUUUUAGAGGCUUUAUCACUUUUUUUUUCCUGCAUAUGAGACAACAUAUUUUGUAUUUCACUCAAGGCUCUGCCAGUAAAAAGUAAUGAAAUUGUACCUUUCUAAUGACAUCUAUGCAGCAGGGGUCUAUUGCCUUGUGGAUGGCACCAAAUUAUCCAAGUGUAUUAGGAGACUAGGGCUUUUUCCUUUAAUCCCUUCUUAUUAAUGAAGUGCCUCGUGCUGCUCCCAGGAGAGUGCCACUGACAGAUAUACAGAAAAGAGAUCAGAGAGGAAACACGGGAAGGACAUAAAUGAAUUAUACCCAGCCAGGAAACGAUGCCAACUGUCUCUUCCCUAAGGAAAAGUACAAGCACCCCAAAAUUGUAAGGUGGUCCUUACCCUGAGCAUGUAUAUAGUUUGUCAAAAGAGUUCAAAGGGUAAGAGUCAUUUUUUAAGUUUUCAGGGAUUUUUUUAAAUAACUUGGAGCCCACAAUUUGAAUGCAUGUUUUCACUGUUGAAGAUUACCUAAACUUUUACCUAGGAAGGAACUAUUUUUCUGGCACCUAAGGAGUUGCCAAAAUUUAAGAUUCUUACAUUUCAUUUCUGCCAUUUAAUGCUUUUUAUACAUUCUUACAGUUUCUAUUGUCUGACCCUCUUCCUAAUGCAGUUGAUAGGUGCUAGCUAGAGCUGCCCCCCAGUCUUGAAGAUUUUACAAGAAGAUCAAAAAUAUUUGAAAAACAUAGAUGAAGAAAUUAUGCUAUCUGAUUAAUUAUUAGAGGUCUGAUUCCAAAUAACACAGAAUAUUCUUCUCAGGCCAUGAAACCAGAAAACUCACUUACUGGUUUAAACUCCAAAAUGAACAGGAAAAUUCCAAAAUCGAGUAGCAAAUUCAAAUGCUAAAAUUAAUUCUGACAAGGCCCUUUGGUGCAACGUGUUGACGUGAUCCCCACAUGUUGUGCACAUUUGACAGAGAAUUUGCCUUUGUGAUAACUGAAGAUGACAUUGGGAGCUCAAUAAACCACCUUACCAAACAAUAUAAAGCCAAUACAAAUUAUCAUAAGCACAAGAGAAUAUGCAAAUUCAGAAUAUUUUAUACUUGACUGUAAUUUUGUCUUUCAUAAUAUGUCUCUGGUACCAAAAUUAUUAGGAAGAUGUGGUUAUUAUCUGGAAAAUGGAACAAAACUCACAUUCUUUACCACAAAUUUUAUGUGUGUUCAUUGGUAUUGUAGUACUUUACAGAUCACACCAAAACAGCAAUAACUUGAAACACAUAAUUUUCUGAAAUACGUGGAAGACAUUUAAUUCAGAGCUCAAAAACUGUGGAUGUUAACUUUCACAAAGGACUAUAGCUUAUAAAACACAUAUCAAAUACAUGUUAUACAACAUGGGCAAUGAACAUUAAAUUUAAGAGCAGUUAUAGUGUUACCUAUGCAUGUUAAAAAUCCCGGAGCUAAAAAGUAUACCUAAUUUAUAUAACCCAUUGGAAUGAAUUUCUGAAUUCUCUUCAGGGGUAAUUAAAUAAGCAGGCAAUGUAUGAAAAUAUAUAAACAAUUGUUUAUCACUUUUAUGACCCAAAUCACAAUGAAAUUGUAAUUCAUGAUAAACUGGUGAGAAUAAACUGAACAUAUGGUUAUAUUCACAAUUAUUCAUUAACUGAAAUAUUCUUCCAACAUUAGAACUAAUGUUAAGGAGAUUGAAAC